AUGAACGUGGAUUCUGACACACUUCGUCAGGUUUUCGAUGCUCUUGAUAAAGGAAACAGAGGAUACAUAACAGUUGAGCAAUUCACCAGUGCACUGGAAAAGUUUUAUACAUCAAUGUCUCAAUGCAGUUCGGAAGAUAUUCCGAGUCCCAAGAUAACUCGAAUGCAAUCUAUGCAACAAAUGCGUCAGAUGGAGGCGAAGAUGGAAUCAAUGUCUUCGCAGGCCUCAGUAGUCGAGAGUGAUAACCUAACGGGGCGGUUGCGUGAUGAAAAUGUCCGCCUCAGCGCCUCCGUGGCUGUGCUGGAGGAGCGGCUGAAAGAAACGGAAUCCCGCUACCGUCGCGACCUUGAAAGCGAAAGAGCCCAUCUCGAAUCUCUAAUGGCCCGAUCGAAGCGAACCUACGAGGAAGAAAUUGAAAAUCUACGUGGGCGUUUUCAGAAACUUGAGGCAGACCUCUCCGCGACGACUGCUCAGCUAAGCAAAACAAAAGUAGAGCUUGAUGGUGCGAGGGCGGAAUGCAAACGAACAACAGAAGCCCUGAUAGACGCCCAAGACAAGGUCAAUGCCUUAACAGAACAACUCAAUAAUCGAUCGAGCGCAGAGAACUGGGAGUUGCAGAAGGCGAUUGCUGACCGCGAUCAGGCAAUAAAUGCUCUGAGAGAAGUUAAUACGGCCGUCGGGGGUGGGCAUAGGUCCUCUACGAGUUUGGACACGGUAGCUCGUCUGGAAGAAAUGCAGCAGUUAAUCCUGCGGCUGAAGCAGGACAACAAGAGGCUAACUAAACAGGUGCAAGAUGCUCAAGAGGAGUCUUGGUUCAACAAUCUGCGCGAUGGGCAGAAACUACUUUAUGCUACGGAAAGUAGUGUCAGCGGUGAAUUGGACAAACUGACAAAAGAAGAGGUUGUCGACUUGCUAACUCAGGAGAAGCACACUAACAAUGUACUUCGAACCUACCUUAACAGCCUCCUUGAAAAGGUCGUGAUAAAUCAUCCUGAACUCCUGGAGUCGAGGCAGUGA